CUGUAAACUUCAAAAGCAUUAAUGAAGAGAACCGACGGGAGAAUUUUGGUGAAAUCUUUUCAUCCAUUGACACUUUAGCCUUCACCUUUGGUAACGUUGUGUCAGACUUCCUUAUGGGAGAUGUAGACAAUGGUUCAUCAUUGGGAAUUCACGUAUCGCGUAGAAGUCGGUCCUUUGAAAACCUCUCUGUGGAAGAUUCGGCUGGGUCCAUACACGAGAGAGAUGAUCUUCAAGGGCAUCUCCGGGCAGAAGAGGUCGAUAACAUGCUUCUGCGGCACGACAGCGGAAUUGAAUCUGCUUUGUCGUAUGCAAAGGCUUGGUCAAAGUACACCAAAGAUAUUUUGUCCUGGGUAGAAAAAAGGCUUAGUGUGGAAUCGGAAGCCGCAAGAAAUUUUGCAAAAAUGGCUGAAACUGCAAAAUCUAUCAUUGUUCCCCAGGAAUUUAUGCCUUUCCAGUCAAUUUUCACAGCAGCUUUUCAAAAUGACAUUGAAAACAGCCAGGCUUGCCUCCAAACGAUAAGCGCCCUUCAAAGCAACAAAUUCAUGCAGCCUCUUCAGUCUCGCAGAUCGGAGCUGGACAGACAAAGGAAAGAAAUUAAAGAUCUUUGGCAACGGGAGCAGAAGAAAAUG